AUGAGCUCCUCGACUUUCGGCGAUUUGCGUCUAUUACCUGUAGACUACCGCCGUCAAGUGGCAAAAGAACUGGCUGCCUUUUUCCACACUUUUUACCGCUUUGGUGCUGCUUCUAAUAAAUUCAAUUUAAGCGAUGAAGCGUACUUGAAUUUCCUACACAAUGUUCUCUUGGGCUCCAUGUGUAUCGGAGCCGUCGUCUUCCUCGUACUAAGCGUAAUUGUUGUGCGCCGCACCGUUCUGCAUAUUCGAAGCGCAUUUGUUCGACGCACAUCGAUGGAUUCCACGUCUGCAGAGUUAAUGGCAGUUGGAUUGUUAACAUUUUUGGCUAUGAGUGCCUUAGGUGGACUCCUAGGUGAAGCUCAGGUGGAUUACAGCGCUAGCGUUGUGCUAGAUACUAUGACAAACACGAGUAACAUGUUUCAAGACGCCCAAGAUCUCACGACUCAAAGUCUCCAGACUUGCAACGCUUUGCGUCUAAAUGCUGACAACAUGAUCACGUCAUUCAACGACAGUCAAUUGCCACCUGAUGCCUUUCAGAUGUCAGUCGAAGCAUUAAGACUCGUGCACGCUUCAAAGGACUUGUGGAACCAAACGGAUGCGCUUAUGCCCAAAAACUACUCGAAUAUAGCCAAGAAUUGGGAAUUCAGCUACUUUGUUCUCAAAUCGUCGACUAAUGGUGCCAUUUUGGCUGUAGCACUCGCCAGUUUUCUCUCAAUUGCGUCUGUUGGAUGGGCCAUGGUGUCGCCACUACGUGUUUCUAUCUUGAUCAUCCUGAGUGUUGUACCCAUCUCCCAUACACUCAUUGGAGCCUAUUUGUCGUCAACGCUCAUGACGGCAGAUUUUUGUGCUGCGCCAAUGAACAACACUUUGGGACUGAUUGGCUUGACGCCCAUUACAAGUUAUUAUGUCGAGUGUCCCGCAAAUGCAUCGUUACCUUUUGCCGACGCGAUGGCAAGUGUUCGACAGACUGCAUUCGAUGUGACAGUGCUGCAACGCAAGCUAGAGCGCAAUAUGACGCACCAGGGAGAGAUUGGUCAACGUAUAAAGCGCGAGUUUCUAGAUCCUAUUGGUAAGCAAUUGGUCAGCGUGGACGACUGGAUGGGAGAGUUUGCUGAGCUGCAAACUUGCAAGAACGUUUCACAUGCGUUCGAACUCGCAACUUCUUCAUUUUGUGAAUAUGGAAUGCUUGGCUUCUUUUCUAUGUGGGUGCAUCAGAUUCUGUUAUGCCUUCUUCUUUUUGUGUCCGUCGUGACCUCUGUACUGGUCUACGAGCGUGUACACAUUCGCGAUAUUCGUAUGGAUGUACGCUACCAGCUCGUAUCAAGCUACGAAGAGGACGAUAUGGAACAUGUUUACUUGUCGGCGGACUAA